AUGAGAAUUAUCAAUUUUUACACGAAUUUUCAAGUGGUUGAGAUUGGUCGAGUGAUCUCAGUUAGAGAUGAGAUUGCACGUAUUUAUGGGUUGAACGAGAUUCAAGUUAGGGAAAUGGUUGAAUUUGCUAAAGGUAUGAAAGGAAUAGCCUUGAAUCUUGAGAAUGAGAAUGCAGGUAUCGUUGUCUUUGGUAGUGAUACUGCUAUUAAAGGAGAUCUUGUCAAGCGCACUGGCUCUAUUGUAGAUGUCCCUGUGGGAAAGGCUAUGCUAGGGCGUGUGGUAGACACCUUGGGAGUACCUAUUGAUGGGAUAGAGGGUCUAAGCGAUCACGAGCGAAGACGUGUCGAAGUGAAAACCCAUGUGAUUAUUGAAUGUAAAUAUGUGCAUGACCCUAUGAAUACUAGGUUAACAGCAGUAGAUAGCUUGGUUCCUGUAGGCCGUGGUCAACUAGAACUUACAAUCAGGGACCGAAAAAUCGGAAAAACAACUAUUGCUAUCGAUACCAUAUUAAACCAAAAGCAAAUGAACUCAAGGGGCAACUAUGAGAAAGCGAAUGUUAUGGAAUAUUCCAUUCUUGUAGAAGCCACCGCUUCGGAUCUUGCUCCUCUGCAAUAUCUAGCCCCAUAUUUUGGCUGUGCCAUUGGGGAAUAUUUCCACGAUAAUGGAAUGCAUGCAUUAGUAAUCUAUGAUGAUCCUAGUAAACAGGCAGUGGCAUAUAGACAAAUGUCAUUAUUGUUACGCCGACCACCACACUGUGAGGCUUUCCCAAGGGAUGUUUUAUAUUUACAUUCCCGUCUCUUAAAAAGAGCCACUAAACAAUCGGAUCAGACAGGACGCAGACAUGAAUAUAAAAAAUACCUAGAUUUCACCGGAGAAGAAGAAUCGGCGACCACCACCACAUCCUCUCCACCUCUUGACCUGCUUCGAUCGGAGCAACAGCCCCACCCCGUUGCUUCUCCUUUUGUUCUUCGGUCUAAUCACUCAUCAGAGAUCGAUACCUCCUCCCCUCGCUUUCUUUCUCUUUUGUUCCCAUCGAUCAAGGCCUAUGAAGAUUCGACUUCAUCGUUGAUUUCUUUGCCCCAUCGGAACCCCUCCUGCCCUCUGAUGCCCUCUGAUCAAACCUCUAGCACAUCUUCCCUUCUACAGUACCCCAAAACCUCCGAAACCCCACUGAAUAGCAGGGACCAAUGCUAA